ACUUAAGUCAGUUCGAACUAUUCGAAACCAAGACACCACGCCGUCGAACAAACAAGUCUCAGUAUCUCCGCGUUUCCGUCGACAUCCGUUUUCGAAUUCCGAUUGCCGCACGGUGGUUGUUUUUCGCUCGACAUGAUGCCCAACGCGAUUUCCCGAUCGGCGUCGGCGAGCGUCGCGACGGGCGAGCCGAAGGCGGCCCCGCCGCCGGCGGCGCUCGUCCUGCAAAGCGUCGCCUCGGCGGCCGACUGUUCGCAGGAUUUGGACAAAAGUGAAAUCAACGAUGCCGUUACGAAGGUCCUGCAAGGAUACGAUUGGACUUUGGUGCCCAUCGCUUCCAAGGCAGCGUCUGACAAGAGAAAAUUGCACGUGAAAAGGCCGAUGAACGCUUUCAUGGUGUGGGCCCAAGCUGCUCGAAGAAAGCUUGCCGAUCAGUACCCUCAGCUCCACAACGCCGAGCUAUCCAAAACGCUGGGAAAAUUGUGGAGAGUCCUGAGCGACAACGACAAAAAACCGUUCAUAGAGGAAGCCGAGCGGCUGCGCGUGAUCCACAAGCGCGAGCACCCCGACUACAAGUACCAGCCGCGCCGCAGGAAGCAGAACAAACCGGCCGGCGAGCCGGCCCACCAGCUGGCCCAGCCGCAGCACUUCCAGCGCUCCCUCAAGCUGGAGGACUCGCCGUGCAGCCCGCGCAGCCGCAGCUCCACGUCGCCGUCGACGUGCUCGUCGCAGCCCAACAGCCCGGCCGUCGCGACGCAGCAGCUCAAGUCCUGCGAGCAGCACGCCUUCGAGAUGGACGCCUACCACCGGAUACCGGAGAUAGACGGCGCCUACAUGCCCGACGAGUGCUUGGACAGCAGCGACUUCGACCAGUACCUGCCCUACGACAGCUACCAGGACGAGGCCAACAACAAUACUAGCAAGGGGAAGCGGUCCUGCGCGGAGACGGGCGCCUCCGGUGCCGCCUUCGGGAGGUACCACGAGCUGCAGCCGAGCGGUAACGGCGGGGUUAAGUCCGAGCGGUACUUGCAGGGGAAUUCCGGAAACGUCUAUUCGUAUCCGUCGGCUUCGGGUGGGUACUAUUCGAAUAACGCGCAGUAUUUACCUUCGUACCAAUAUCUGCCGCAGAGGCCGGUGUUUGGUGGUACCGCUGGGGUUGGUACGUACACCGCCAUGGAGGGGAACGGCGAGGCUUGGGGACAUUAUACUGUUUGAGGACUUAGUGAUAGUUUUGUUAUCAAAUAUUCGAAUCUCUUUUUUAUUUUGGUUGGAUCCGAUUGAGGUAGAUUUAUGAAGUUGCACGGAUGAAUUUAUCUGCUAGAUGGUGUAAAUCUAGCAGGAAGGGAUUAAAUAAUGUGCUUUGAUAAAUCUACACUAAAUAUAGAUACUGUUAGGUUAUAUUUUUCUUCUUUCUUUUUGUAAAUAAUACCUAAAAAUUGUAAAUUAUUGUAGCAUUUUAAAUUUAUAUUUUAUCGAAAUAGGGCUAGCGUAAAUUAGAUGUUAAGAUUGUUAAAUUAGCGUAGAGUUGUAUAAAGAGAAACUGUUUGUUGUUUCGGCAUUGGAUGGUCUUCA